AUGGCGGAUCUACGCAUUAUGUCGCACGAGUUUUUAUCUGAAUUUAUAACACUUUACGAAAGUCUGCCAUGUCUUUGGCAAGUAAAAAAUAAAGACUAUAGUGAUCGUGAUAAAAAGGCGGAGGCAUACGAUGCUUUAAUUGCAAAAUAUAAGGGAAUCGACCCCACCUGCACUAAGGAAAUCGUGACCAAAAAAAUUCAUAAUUUGAGGACAGUGUACCGCAAAGAAUCGGAGAAAGUGAGGGAGUCGGCAACAUCAGGGUCUGCAGCAGAUCAGAUAUACAAGCCAAGCUUGUGGUAUUACGAUAUGCUGCAUUUUCUGCAGGAUCAAGAGACCCCGAGGGUAUCUAAAAACACGAUGGAAGACUCCGGAGUGAUUUCAACCGAGGAAGAGACGAAAAAAGCAAAUAACGAAGAAGUGACAGAAGUAAUUAAAAUUGUAGGGAGGAAGCUACAAUCGAUGGAAGAUGAAGAUGAUUUUUGGGCGUUCGCGAAACAUGUAGCCUACAAAUUAAGAAGCAUUAGUAGCGAGCAAUGCGCUUUUGCUCAGAAAUUAAUAGGCGAUGUAUUACUUGAAGUAGAAUUGGGGACGUUAACAAGAAAUUUUGCUUUGAUAGAAUAUACAAGCGACUAA